GAUUUUCCGAGAACACUUAUCUCAGCAAUGAAAAGCUUCAGUUUAUUUUUAGCAAAGUUUGUGAUGAUUUCGGUCUUGUGCGUCAGCACUUUUGAAUAAGACCAGUUAGGUAAAGUGCUUUCAGCCUCAAAAGUUGUUGAAAAACUGUUCAAGAACAGCUUCUAUUAAUCCUGUCUGAGGAACAAUAUUUGCCUUAGUGGAAACGCAAUUCGGUGUAAUUGUCUUCUGUUUAGGCCAAGUCAAAAGCUCACUUCUUAGAAAGGUGAGCACAAACCAUGCAUAGCAAAUUGCUAUCAUCUACAUCAGCUUCUAGCCCCAUUUACGAAUCAUAGCCAUACCGAACUUCUAAUGGUAUUCAGAGCCAAAUCAUCCUGCAAUCCCAGCUGAAAUGGGAAUGAAUGGAAAAUAGGCCUGUGAAAGUACGCUAUAAUUGACGAGCAAACAAACUAACACACACAGAUCAAAUUUCAAUAUGCUAAUACCUCAAAAAAGGAGUAGAACAGGGACUCUGUGGAGCCUUGUGGCAUUUCGAGAAUGCAAAUUAACGCUCGAGAUGGGAUUCAAAUGAAUAAGGCUCCUGGCCAAAAUAGAAUAUUGAUGUUAUCCCCAACCAGACCAGUUAGCUGCCGACGUUGUGUGGUUAUCAAUAUGGCCAAUAUUCCAAUCCACAGCACAUCCGCACACCAGCUGAGAUACAAAGAGCCACACUCGCAUAUUGUAUCUGCAUUUAUGAAAAUGCAAAGUACGGGGUCGGGGAAAACGCCAGCUGAAACUAUCAAAAUGCAUGCCAAGAGGCAAACAACAAAACCAUGCAACACGAGCUGCCGCAACAUGGGAAACAUGAAACCGAAACCGAAAACUGUAACUAAAACUGCGGCCAAAAUCACCUCCCAUGCCACCCAAUCGAAUGCUUACUCCAGGCAGCCAAAACAUGCAGCAAAAAAGCGAGGACGGGCGAAAUUUGCAUGCAUAUUUACAAACUUUCGUUCGGAAAAGUCAGUAUAAUGGCAGUACAGUUGAAAAAGAUACCGUCAAAAAAAUGGUCUUAACUUUUUUUCUAAAAUUUUAAAGCAGUCGUAAGAUGACGUUGGUAUGCCUGUACCAACAAUUCUUCGCACUUCUUGAAAUUAAAAAAAAUAUACAUAUACUUUGGAGAGUUUUUGUGUAAAAAUUUAAACGUAUUGGAGUUUCACAUUUCUUACAUAAAUAUUUAUAUUUAUCUGGCUGCAUUACCAAGUUUUUCAGAGUGUUAGAGCAACACCCCCUAAAACUAGCCCCCUCCCCUGCGAUCCUGCCUCUCUGUCAAGCCGCAUUUGAUGUUCGUUUUGGCAACUAUUUGCAAAUGCAAAUUGCAAACAUGCAACAGGGACAUGUUGCGUAAAUGUCAACGUUACAACAAAACCCCAACCAGCCAACAAGCAAAUACACAUGCAAAUGUCUCACUGCCAAUCUCUCUAUGGAUUUUCCCUUACAAGUUCGCAUAUCUAUAUGUAUGAAAAGGCAGCAUUUCCAUACGUAUGUGGCUCCUUCAUUGAUAAGCAGUUUUUACCGUGGGGCUCCUCCCAUCAGAAGCUGAAUAACAAAGGGAAAAAAAUUCUAAAUGGCUGGGUGGCUGUCACUUGAUUGACAGGGGAGUUGCAU